AGACAGGACUGAGCUUUGGCUGAGCCUGUGCCAGAGAGAGGAAGAAAAAAUCCCAAGAGGAGAAAACGCAGUGGAGAAGCAGCCAAUGGAAGAAAACCAUCUGGAGGAAGCCUAUAACAGCACCAGCAACAGCAAGGAAAACACCAAGAAGUCAGGAAGAGAGGACUCUGAGGGUGCAAUGGCUUUCUUCCUCAAACCACGGCCAUGCACGUGGGACCUUGCCCUGGACUACCACACCGCUAAACAGUUUGAAGUGGAUGUAACCCUGGAUCCAGCCACAGUGGGUCCAGAAGUGAUCCUCUCUGAGGACCUCAAAGAAGCCACCUGGGGUAGACCUCGAUGCCAGUGGCCUGAGGGUCCAGGCCGGUUCGACACAGACCCCUGCAUGCUGGGCAGCAAGGGCUUCACCUCGGGCCGUCACUACUGGGAGGUGGAGGCCAAUGGGCGCUUCUGGGCUGUGGGCGUGGCCCGUGAGUCAGUUCAGAGGAAAGGCCGGGUCCUCUUCAAGCCCAACACUGAAAUUUGGGGCUUGCAGAAGUAUGAUGAGCUCUGCGUUGCUCUCACAGCUCCAUCCAACACCUCUGUCCCACUCCUCAAUGGGGAGAUUGGGGUCUUCCUGGACUACGAGGUGGGACAGGUCUCUUUCUACGCUGUCAGCAGCCGCCAACGCAUCUUCACUUUUCCUGUGGCCUCCUUCAGUGGGGAGAGAGUCUUCCCCUACUUUUGUGUGCUCCUCUCAACCAUUAAACUGUCCCCCAAAGGCUGAUGCCCUGGAAGGAUCCUCCCAAAAGUUGGUUGCAUCAUGAUGGCUGGAAAUGCUGGUUGAUGUUCCUCAACUCUUAUUUUCCAAGUCUUGGAAUAAUUUCUAACUCAAUUCAUGGUCCUACCUCCAUCUUAGAUGUCUCUGUUUUGGGUUAUGCCCAGGGGGUUUUGGAUCUGAGCUCAGCAUGGCUCAUCUCAAGUUGUUAAAUCCAUGCAAAGCUCAUUAACAGGAGCUGGGCUUCCCUGAGCUUGUUUUGAGCUAAAAACUUAAUUUUUUUCUCCCAAGUACAGCUUCCCCUGAAGGUUCCUUUUGUUGACCUCAGUGCUUAUGAUUGUCUGGGCUUCCAGCACAAAUUACAAAUCUUAAUUUUUUGCAGGCUUUGUAUUAAUACCAGCAGCUAUACCUCAUAUUAAAACUGAUUUUGUCAUCACAAGGAUGUGCUCACACCUACUGCCCCCACUCUUUUCCUCUGCUGUUCCCCAUGCUUGAGAUGUAUUUCCAAGUACUUAGCAUGUAAAUAUAUUCAUGAUAGAAUAAAUUUCUUUUCCUCUAA